AUGAAGUGUUCUGCCAUUUUCCCUCUCGCCUUCAUCCUAGGAACGGCCCGCGCGAUCAACAUGAAAGACUAUGCACCAACCUGCGGUGUUGACAGAGAGUUCAAACGGUGGUACAGAGAAUUACUCGGAGCCUUUGAAGACCCGACCACAACCGACAGUGUCACCGGUUUCUUUGCGCCCGGCGGCGCCUUGAUCCUCGGGGGAUCUAAUAUCACGGGAGGAGAGGCCAUCCUAGCAGCCCGGGGAGCAAUUCUGCCCGCUGACGGAUCCAUCCAAUGGAAUCACUUCCCCAAUAUUACCGUUGUCGCUUCAGAGACGCCAACAAAUAAAUCGUUCGAGGUCACUGGGGUCUUGCAGAUAACUCUUUCCGCCAACAAAAGCUGCUCCACAACAUACUAUCAAACGCUCUUCACCGUCGAAAAGAACUUGACCACUGGCAGAGCAAACCUCGCUCCGCAAGGUGGCAGUCUUAUCAUCUAUGACGGGUUUUCCGUUAAUUCCACCGAUGACCAGUGUAUCAAAUAG